CGCGCGCGCCCGGCCGGUCCCGGCGCACCCCCCCCGCUCGGCUCGGCGCGCGCCCUUCCCGCCCGCGCGGGGCCAUGUCCCGCGGGCGCUGCCCUCACCUGCUCUGGGACGUGCGCAAGCGGACCCUGGGGCUGGAGGAGCCCGGAUUGCUGCGCAGGCACUACCUCGGGAGAAGAGAAUUUAUCCAAAGAUUAAAACUUGAAGCAACAUUGAAUGUCCAUGAUGGAUGUGUGAAUACAAUUUGCUGGAAUGAUACAGGAGAAUAUAUCUUAUCUGGUUCAGAUGACACCAACCUGGUAAUUAGUAAUCCCUACAGCAGAAAGGUUCUCACAACGAUUCGCUCAGGACACAGGGCCAAUAUUUUCAGUGCAAAGUUCUUACCAUGCACCAAUGACAAACAGAUUGUUUCAUGUUCUGGAGAUGGAGUCAUUUUCUACACGAAUGUUGAACAGGAUGCAGAGACCAACAGGCAAUGCCAGUACACCUGCCACUAUGGGACUACCUACGAGAUUAUGACAGUACCAAAUGAUCCCUACACUUUCCUUUCUUGUGGUGAGGAUGGCACUGUGAGAUGGUUUGAUACUCGCAUCAAAACAAGUUGCACAAAGGAAGAUUGUAAAGAUGAUAUUUUAAUAAACUGUCGUCGUGCUGCCACCUCUGUUGCUAUCUGUCCUCCCAUCCCCUACUACCUGGCUGUGGGCUGUUCUGACAGCUCAGUGAGGAUCUAUGACAGGAGAAUGCUUGGCACAAGGGCAACAGGGAAUUAUGCUGGCAGGGGCACUGUUGGAAUGGUGGCACGUUUUGUCCCUCCUCAUCUCAACAACAAAUCCUGCAGGGUAACAUCCCUGUGCUACAGUGAAGAUGGCCAAGAGAUCCUUGUGAGCUACUCCUCAGAUUACAUUUACUUGUUUGAUCCCAAGGAUGACACAGCACGAGAACUUAAAGUCCCUUCUGCAGAAGAGAGAAGGGAAGAGUUACGUCAGCCUCCCGUUAAACGUCUGCGGCUCAGAGGGGAUUGGUCAGACACUGGGCCAAGAGCAAGGCCUGAGAGUGAGAGAGAGAGAGAUGGGGAGCAGAGUCCCAAUGUCUCUCUGAUGCAGAGGAUGUCAGACAUGCUGUCAAGGUGGUUUGAAGAAGCCAGUGAAGUCGCACAGAGCAAUCGAGGACGAGGAAGAUCACGGUCCAGAGGUGGGACUAAUCGGACAGAUGCUCCUGCUACUAAUAACAUGGCACCCAGUAGAGAAUCAGAAACUGCAAUGGAAGUAGAUGGUUCUGAACAGCUUCCAUCAUCUUCCUCUUCCACCAUGUCAGCUCAAGCUCCUUCAACAUCAUCUUCGACAGAAAGUCCCCCUUCUACUUCAUUACUGUCCUCUCCUGAUAAUGAGCAAAGGCCUUCUUUAGGGGCCUCAACUCAGCCUGUGCUGCAUCAGUCUGAGUUGAUGGGACCCGAGUUAGCAAUAAUCCGUAGGGGCCUGCAGCGACUGAGGCUUAAGAAGGCAGAGCAGCAGAGACAGCGAGAGCUGGCUGAGGCUUCUGCAGCACAGCCCUCCUCUUCUGAGCAGGCCACCCCUCAGGGCUCCUCACAGGACCCCCAGGCAGCAGAUUCUCCUUCUUCAGUGGUUAACAAACAGCUUGGAUCCAUGUCACUUGAUGAGCCACAGGAGAGUGAUAAGCCAAGAACAGGAACAGGUGAACCAGUUUUAAGUUUGCACUACAGUACAGAAGGAACGACUACAAGCACAAUAAAACUGGACUUCACUGAUGAGUGGAGCAUCACAAAUUCAAGCUCUAGAGGGAGUGGAAGUCAUUGCAAAACUGAAGGCCAAGAAGACUCUGCAAAAACAAAAGCUUCAGAUGAGUCAGGGCCUGAUGGGGAAGAAACAAGGCUUCCUGAUGAAUCUCCCAAGGAAGAUGCAAGUGCUGAAGAGCUGAAAAAUACAGAUGAAGCUGUAGAGACAACAGAAGCAACCCCGGGGCUGGCGGCCGCGGACGAGGCCUCCGGCCGCACCUCGGCCCUGCCCGAGACCGACGACAGCGACGACGACCCCGUCCUCAUCCCGGGGGCCAGGUACCGAGGAGGCCCGGGGCACAGAUAUAAUAUCAGAGGAACAGCGAUAGGUGAUAGAAUAAUGAGACGAUCCGCUGUCGCCCGCAUCCAGGAGCUCUUCAGGAGGAGGAAGGAGAGGAAGGAGAUGGAGGAGCUGGAAACGCUCAAUAUCAGGCGCCCCUUGAUAAAGAUGGUUUAUAAAGGUCACCGCAACUCCCGGACCAUGAUAAAGGAAGCCAACUUUUGGGGAUCCAAUUUUGUCAUGAGUGGCUCAGACUGCGGGCACAUUUUCAUCUGGGACCGCCACACUGCUGAGCACCUGAUGCUGCUGGAGGCUGACAACCACGUGGUGAACUGUCUGCAGCCCCACCCCUUCGACCCCAUUCUGGCCUCUUCGGGUAUUGAUUAUGAUAUAAAAAUUUGGUCGCCACUGGAAGAAUCCAAGAUUUUUAACAGAAAACUUGCAGACGAGGUUAUAACUCGAAAUGAAUUAAUGCUGGAAGAGACCAGAAACACCAUCACUGUUCCAGCUUCCUUCAUGCUCCGAAUGUUGGCUUCAUUGAAUCAUAUAAGAGCAGACCGAUUGGAAGGUGACAGAUCAGAAGGAUCUGGCCAGGAGAAUGAAAAUGAAGAUGAAGAGUAACCAACAAUUGUGUGUGAGCACCUGGAAGUCAAUAAAUUUGUAUAAAACAUUAAUUAUAUUUUUCCUUACAGAGCUUUAGUGCAAUUCUGAGGUAUUGCUUUUGGAUAACCUAACCUUUUGUUUUUUUGAAUGACUGUGUGCAUGACUUGGGGAGAGUGUGCAAGUUAAAAUAAGCAAAAAUGUUUUUAAAAUGUUUUGCCAUGUAUGAGGGGUGCUAGAAGAUGCCAAGUGCAAUAUUUUCCUUAAACAGCAAAUGUGGGAGCUUGGAUCAAUGUUUUAAAGUAACUUUCAUUAUAGUAAAAACGUUGGUUCAAAUAAAUUUCUAUACCUGCUGUUUGCAUGUUUGUUGCUUUCUAAUUAAAAUAUUUGGUUGUUUUAA